GUAAUUCGCAGACGGUCCCUGGAGUUCAAAUCAAUCCCAGCGUGCAGUGCGCCACUAACGGCUCCAUACCGAAGACCUCAUUGCCGGUGGUUUGCAGGCCGAGUGGAUUUUGAAAGGGAGCCGUGCUGUACCAUACCCGCGUCAGUACUGUCAGCCGGACCGAGCCGAGCCUAUCCGAACCGUGUUCCGAGCACAUUGUGCCUCAGGUAUCUUCUGGUUAGACAGAGUUUUGUAGCGAGAGCGACGCGAAACAACUAGAACCUAGCUGAGCCGAACCCGAACCCGAACCCGAACCCGGACUACCCUGGGCGCCAUGGCCGAGCCUAUGCAGCCCCAAACCCCCAGCCGACACGAGAAGAGCCUCGGGUUGCUCACCGCCAAAUUUGUUACCUUACUUCAGGAGGCCAAAGACGGAGUACUGGAUCUUAAAGUGGCAACAGACACCCUGGCAGUCAGACAGAAGAGACGGAUCUAUGACAUCACCAACGUCCUUGAGGGAAUCGGGCUGAUAGAGAAAAAGUCCAAAAACAGCAUUCAGUGGAAAGGGGUCGGCCCCGGCUGUAAUACGCGGGAGAUUGCAGACAAGCUGAUCGACAUGAAGGCGGAGCUGGAGGACCUGGAGAGACGGGAGCACGAGCUGGAUCAGCAGAGGGUGUGGGUGCAGCAGAGCAUCAAGAACGUGACCGACGACAUCCAGAAUAGCAGAUUAGCUUAUGUAACCCAUGAAGAUAUCUGCAGCUGCUUCAAAGGGGACACCCUUCUAGCUAUCCGAGCUCCGUCAGGCACGCAGUUGGAGGUUCCAAUCCCAGAGGGGGUGCUGAACGGACAGAAGAAGUAUCAGAUCCACCUGAAGAGCACGAUUGGCCCCAUCGAGGUGCUGCUGGUCAACAAGGACACAGCCAGCUCUCCGCCCGUGGUGUUACCAGUGCCGCCUCCCGAGGACCUGAUUCAGAGCCUGCCCACAGCCACCACACCAGCCACGCCCAAACGGCCCAGCCUGGCCUCCCAGCCAAGCACUCCGCAGCCUACGCUACAACCCUCCACUCCGGUGCCAGCCAGCCAGGCUGCCCACCAAACCACACCACUGCCAGCGGCCUCGCCAGCCAACACCGCCGCUUCACUAGUUUCUCUCUCUCUCUCAGUCCACACUGUUCCUGCACCAGAGGCUCCCAGCAGUGGACUUAACCUUGCCCCACCCACACCAGACACCAACCAGACAGCAUCCUUAGACACACAACCCCUCCAGUCCUCUGCCUCAUUGGACAGCAGCAGCGCCCUUCCUGCAUCCUCCAUGUCCUUUGAACCUAUCAAGUCAGAUCCUUUAGAAUUGCUCGAUUUCCCCAAAGAGUUAUCAGAAAUGUUUGAUCCUACUAAAGAAUGUAUGAGCGCAGACCUGCUGGAAGAACUCAUGUCCUCAGAAGUGUUUGCUCCCUUGCUGCGGCUCUCCCCUCCCCCUGGCGACCACGACUACAUCUACAACCUGGACGAAAGCGAAGGCCUCUGUGACCUUUUUGAUGUCCCCAUCCUCAACCUUUGACCUCUGAACUUUGCCAUUUGGGGUGCUUGUGAAUAGGGACUUCAGAGAAAAAACAUAUUUUUGCCAUUUUUGAGAAAAAAAAUCAUCUAUUUUUGGAUCCUUGUUUGUGGUGAGCUGUUUUCGACGACACAAGAAGAACAUUUUUAAUUUCCUGGACCCUGGCAAACUGACUUAAAUUGAACAGGAAGACCCCUGUUGACCUCUGUGACACAUCAAUGGCUUCUAGGAACAAACAGAUUCCUCUCCAGACUGGCCCUCAGUAAAAUUCAAGAGACACAGUUGUGUAAGCCUCCCAUCCGCAGCUACUCACAAAUUCUCUGCAGAACAAAAUGCAGACGUGCAGAGGCUAUGGUAUAUGCCUUGUGUGUGCAUACAUAUAUAUUUGUAUAGUUUCAUGUUCAUCUUUAUUCAGCAUGCUGGCUUAGCACACUACAGUGACGUCACUGUGCAUGUUGACCAACGGUCCGAUAUCAGGAUAGUUAAAAGCUCAACCUCAUGAAUGACUUGCUUUAAACAAACAAAAAAAAAGGUUGCUUUGUUUAUGCCUGGUGACAUUUGUACCUGAGUUUUUUCAAAUCUUUCCUUUUUAAAGAGUUACACAAAAAAAUGGUUGAUAUCCACCAUUUACAUUGUCUCUCGUCCAGUUUCUAUAUUUUAAAUAGUUUGAUUUGCAGAAGGGGGAAACAAAUGUUACUUCUGCUCCAUGUGUUGCACUAGAGAACAUACUUUAUUCACAGUGCAGGGGUUACAAAAGAGAACAGUGGAAAGGUAAACCAUCAAACACAAAUGUUUGGAAACUGUGAGAGGCUUCAUCUAGAAUACAAAGCUAUGUAUUUUAAUUUACAUAACUGUAAUUUAUCUUGAAGCCGGCAGUGGAGAAUAAUGCAGCCCCCUCCCUCUCCCUACAUGAAUUGAGACCAUGCUGUCUGCUCCCAUCUCAGCCACAGUGUAUGGCACAGCCACAUUGUGUAUAGUUGUGUGUGUUCUGUUUGUUUUCAGAAGUAGGUCUUUCUCUCCCUCUUUUAUAAUUUCCAAAUUACUUCAGUUUACAUUUAAUGGUUUUAAAAUAUUCGGAUCAAAUAAAAGUCAUAAACAAGACA